AUGGAGGAGAAAGCAUAUAAAUGUAUCGAAUGUGGAAAGAGCUUUAGUCAGCAUGGAAAGCUGAAGACACAUCAAAGGACUCACACUGGGGAGAAACCCUAUAACUGCCUGGAGUGUGGACAGAGCUUUACUCAGAAGGGAAACUUAAAUACACAUCAAAGGACUCACACUGGGGAGAAACCCUAUAACUGCCUGGAGUGUGGACAGAGCUUUGCUCGUAGUUCAGGACUACGUUCACAUCAAAGGACCCACACUGGGGAGAAACCCUAUAACUGCCUGGAGUGUGGACAAAGCUUCACUCAGAGUUCAGGUCUCCGUGUACAUCAAAGAACUCACACUGGGGAGAAACCCUAUAAGUGCCUGGAGUGUGGACAGAGCUUUACUCGGAAGGGAAACUUACUAACACAUCAAAGAACUCACACUGGGGAGAAACCCUAUAAAUGCCUUGAGUGUGGACAGAGCUUUGUUCAUAGUUCAAGUCUUCGUUCACAUCAAAUGACUCACACUGGGGAGAAACCCUAUAAGUGCCUGGAGUGUGGACAGAGCUUUGCUCAGAGUUCAGACCUACGUUCACAUCAAAGGACUCACACUGGGGAGAAACCCUUUACAUGCCUGGAGUGUGGACAGAGCUUUACUCGGAAGGGAAGCUUACAAACACAUCAAAGGACUCACACUGGGGAGAAACCCUAUAAGUGCUGGGAGUGUGGACAGAGCUUCAUUCAUAGUACAAGUCUCCGUGUACAUCAAAGGACUCACACUGGGGAGAAACCCUAUAAAUGCCUGGAGUGUGAACAGAGCUUCACUGAUCGUUCAGGCUUACGUAGACAUCAAAGGAUUCACACUGGGGAGAAACCCUAUACAUGCCUGGAGUGUGGACAGAGUUUUACUCGGAAGGGAAGCUUACAAACACAUCAAAGAACUCACACUGGUGAGAAACCCUAUAAAUGCCUGGAGUGUGGACAGAGCUUCACUUGUAGUUCAGGUCUACGUAUACAUCAAAGGACUCACACUGGGGAGAAACCCUUUAAAUGCCUGGAGUGUGAACAGAGCUUCACUCGGAGUUCAGAUCUACAUUCACAUCAAAGGACUCAUACUGGGGUGAAACCCUUUAAAUGCCUGGAGUGUGGACAGAGCUUCUCUCAGAGUUCAGGCCUACGUUCACAUCAAAGGACUCACACUGGGGAGAAACCCUAUACAUGCCUGGAGUGUGGACAGAGCUUCACUCAUAGUUCAGGCCUACGUAGACAUCAAAGAACUCACACUGGGGAGAAACCCUAUACAUGCCUGGAGUGUGGACAGAGCUUCACUCAGAAUUCAGACCUACGUUCACAUCAAAGGACUCACACUGGGGAGAAACCCUAUACAUGCCUGGAGUGUGGACAGAGCUUUACUCAUAGUUCAGGCCUACGUAGACAUCAAAGGACUCACACUGGGGAGAAACCCUAUAAAUGCCUGGAGUGUGGACAGAGCUUCACUCAGAAUUCAGACCUACGUUCACAUCAAAGGACUCACACUGGGGAGAAAACUUAUAUGUGCCUGGAGUGUGGACAGAGCUUUGUUCAUAGUUCAGGCCUACGUAAACAUCAAAGGACUCACACUGGGGAGAAACCCUUUAAAUGCCUGGAGUGUGGACAGAGCUUCGCUGAUAGUUCAACUCUACGUGAACAUCAAAGGACUCACACUGGGGAGAAACCCUAUACAUGCCGGGAGUGUGGAAAGAGCUUUACUCGUAGUUCAGGUCUACGUUUACAUCAAAGAACUCACACUGGGGGGGAACCAUAGAAAUGCAUGGAGUAUGGACAGAGCUUUUCACAGAAUAACAUUAUGCAUAGACAUCAUAGAAUUCAGCCUGGAGGGAAUGGUGUUAAUUGACACCAGAGUGUCAUUCUAACAAGUAGAAAUGCAACUCUUGGAAAUGCAAGCUCAAAGUUGGGACAUUUCAUCACAUGUGGUGUAUUGUAGAAAGAUUGAACUAAAAAUACAGUGUUCCCUCACUUAUCCCGGGGUUUGGGUUCCAGAACCACCCGCAAUAAGUGAAAAUCCGCAAAGUAGGGAUGCUAUAUAUUUCUACAUUAUUUUAAUAGUUAUACACUAUUUUAAGUCUUUAUCAAGAAAUAAUGUGUUGAUAAAUCGCCUCCUUCUCCUCUUUUUGCCGCUUGGGCUCCUUUUCUCUCCCUUUGGCUUCUCCUUCCUCCCUUCCUUAGGCUGUACAUUGUAAUUUUUUAUUAUUUAUAGUAGUCUUUUAGAGUUUAUUGAAAAACCGCAAAACAGCGAAUCCGCAAAGAGCGAAGUAGUGAGGGAACUCUGUACGUUCCAUUCUGGAAGUAAUUAUAUUAUCUAAAGGGAGUAGAAUAAUGAGAGAUAAAAAUUAACAGAUAGAACGAGGCCUUUAGGCAUUUAUCCCUGUCGUUUGUUAGUUCAGUUGUGUGUCUAUGAAGGUAACUGUUUCGCAGGUCUGUUUGUUUCUGAUUUAGUUUUGUAUCUCAUGUAGUAGUUAGUUUCAUGUGUAGUUGAAGCAUUAUAUACAAUUUCUGCCUUUUUUGUAAUGUUGCUUUUAAUCUCUCUUUUUUAUUUAUUUUUUGCCACAAAGAGGGGGAUUUAUAAGGGACAAAACUGCUGAAACUGUCAACUUGUUUUGUUCUGAACCCAAAGGUUUCCUGUUCUUUGGAUGCCGAGCGUUCAGGGAAGAGUGAGGUCUGUGAGAUCAGUGAGUAGAAAACAUGACACAAUUUAGAUAAUGGUUUGUGACACAACAACAACCCUUGUAGUAGUCAAUGGGAUAUUCUGUAUGCCUUCUUUAAUGUCAAGUAAGAUAUUGUGCUCAGAUACAAAGAUUUAUAAAGGAAACACCACAAUGGAUAUAAAACAAUGGGAAGCGCGGGAAGCAGAUUAUGUGUGCUCACCACACCUCACACAGAUAGGACCACGUGUGCUAUAAACAUGGAAGAUGUGAUACAUUCACACAAGAUACAGGAAUGUGUUACUCUGAUGGAAAUAUAAUAGAACCCGAUAAACAAACAUUCGGUUGAAAUGUAAAUGUAACAUAACUUUUGUUCAAGAUGAUGAAACUGGGAAUUUGGUGUACGUGAUGGAGAAUGGAGACAGUGAAAUAGACUUGAAGUUUAAAAAGUUAUCCAUAAAUAUAAGAUAAGGAAUUAAUUGGGAAAAAUUAAAUAUACUAGUAAAAACGAAUCAGCAGGUGAAGAAACAUAUGGAGAGUUAUGAGGAAAGAAGUAAGAAAGGUUUUGUUAGGAUCCAAGAGGUUGAUGGAGAACGUCAGAGCGUGGCCGCAGAAGGAAGCAGCCCGACAGAACGUCACUGGUGUGAUGAAAUCAACGGAUAUUCACCCAAAGCGGCAGCAGCAUGUUUACAUCUAUUGAUGCACCCAAUAGUAAGGUGAGGGCUACAAGGAGUGACUGAUCGAUUUUCUGUAUUUGAAAACGAAUUGCAAUACUUAGAAACGCAAUUGUGAACUGCGAUGUAUGUUGACUCUAUUGAGAGGGUUGAUGGGCCAAAGUGCCUGCAUUUCUAUUCUAUUUCUAUUCUAUUUCCGAUUGCUUUUAAUUAUGCAUUAUUAAGGUGUCUACUUCAACUUAUUCUAUUAAAGAUGCAACCUGCCUUCUUCCAGAGGAGAGGCAAGUGUCCGUAUGUCGCCACUAUGUUUCCGGAACAUCUUGUGGUCGGCCGAUGUGGUUAAUGUGGUUAAGCUACUUACUGGAACAUAAGUGAACAACAUGUUUUUCUACAAAUGUUGGUUAUGAUAAAGGAAGCACGCUUACAACACUCUGUACUGUUCCAAAGAAAUGAGGAACAUGAGGAUAUAUUGAGCUUCAUUUCAAAUGUUCUUCACGGCGGUCACCUUUGAUUUGUCCAUCCGUCUAUACUGCAGUAUAAUAAAGGUACUUGUUUUAAAUUC